ACAGAGCGGUGGUGUCGGUGAGCAGGGAAGGUUAAGGUGUGACCACAGCUCGGGCCUCACUGCCUGGGGCUCUGGGCCUCGCCACCGGGGCUGCGACUUGGGGUAGCUCCAAGGAGGGCUGCAGCCAUAAGGGGAAGAAGGAGCAAACAGGUGUGCCCAGAGCAGCUCCGGGGUGAGAACAGAAAAUACAGAGUGGGAAAAUCACGACAUCUGAAGACGAUGCCACCCCUGUUCCAACGCCUGAUGCUGCUACUUGGGGUCGGGGUCAGGGAGCCUCUCCCAUGCGGAUGUUGCAGCGGAGACCUGGUGUGGGGGGUCACAGCAGCUGCUCUAGACUUUCCUAAACAACCUGAGAUGGUGGCUGUCCAUGUGGGAUGUGCUGUUGGUGGCAGAGCUGAGCCAGUUCUGAGUUGCAGGAAACAGUUUGGAGCUGGACAAUUGGAAACCAAAGACAGAAUCCUAGGUCCAUACUGCAGAAGUGUGACCGUUCCCAGAAAGCUCCUGCUUAACACCAGCGAAGUAACUGUGCACUUUCAGAGUGGAUCCCACAUCUCUGGCCGGGGCUUCCUGCUGAACUACGCCAGCAGCGACCACCCAGAUUUAAUAACCUGUCUGGAACGAGGAAACCAUUACUUAAAGACAGAAUUCAGCAAGUUCUGCCCAGCUGGUUGUAGAGACGUAGCAGGAGACAUUUUUGGGAAUACAGUCGAUGGCUACAGAGAUACCUCUCUGCUCUGCAAAGCUGCCAUCCACGCAGGGGCGAUUGCUGAUGAGCUAGGUGGCCGCGUCCACGUGCUGCAGCACCGAGGGCUGAGUCGCUACCAAGGAGGCCUGGCCAACGGGGUGCUGUCCAAGGAUGGCUCCCUGUCUGGAAAGCGAUUCCUGUUUGCCUCAGAUGACUGCAGCAGAGCCCUGAGCUCGGACCCUGGGGUGCAGUUCCGGGCGUCGUCCUCCUGGCCGGGUGUCAGCGACUCCGAAAAGCCAGCUCCCUGGUCUGCCAGCCAAGCCCAGCUGCAGGACCAAGGCCCGUCCUGGGCUGCAGGCAUCGAUGAGCAAGGAGAGUGGCUGCAGAUAGACUUGGGCGAGGAAAAGAAAAUCACAGGCAUUAGGACCACAGGAUCCACGCAGCCAAAUUUCAACUUCUACGUGAAGAGCUUUGUGGUGAACUUCAAAAACAGCUCUCAGUGGAGGACCUACACAGGAGUCCUGGACAAUGAGGAGAAGGUGUUCCAGGGCAACUCUAACUGGCGGGACCCGGUGCGGAACAACUUCAUCCCGCCGCUCGUGGCCAGAUACGUGCGGGUGCUGCCCAGAGCCUGGCACCAGCGGGCUGCACUGAAGGUGGAGCUGCUGGGGUGCCUCUCCGCACAAGGGGACCAGUCGCCGGUGUGGCGAGAAGCAAGACCAGACACCGAGCUUUCGGCCAAGACAGAAGAUGAGUUGCCCUCGGAGCCCGACACCCACCCGGCGGAGGAGGUGCCCCCAGGUGCAGCAGGACUAAACACAACCGCUGUGGCCAUCCCGCUGGUCCUCCUUGGGGUCCUCCUGCUGGCGGGAGUGGGGCUCUUUGCAGCCUUGAGAAGGAAGAAGAAGGCAGAAAACGUGUACGCAUCCCCAGAGCCUCUGAAAACAGGCUGCUGGAAGCAGGUGAAGCACCCGUCGGCAGAGUUCACCAUCAGCUACCACAGUGACGACGAGGAGACGCGCAAGCUCGGCCUGGAGUGUUACCGGCAGCCCCUGGACGCCGUCGGCGCGGACUCGGCCUCCAGGGCGGGCUCCACCUUCCGGCCCACGGACGCACGCGAGGACGGGGACGCGCACGAGUACGCGCUGCCGCUGCCGCGCGCCGGGCCCGAGUACGCCACGCCCAUCGCCACGCCACGCGACACGCCCGCCGCGGGCGGCCACGCCCCUGGCUACCUCGUGCCCCCUCCUGCGUGCGCGUUCCCCGGGGGCUCGGGCUACGACCGGCCGCGGGCGGGGGGCGCGGACGGGGACGCGCGUGGGGGCCGCCUGCUGUGAGCCGCUGCCCCCUGGGCCCACGGGCGACACUUCCGGCGGCUGGGCCGCCCUGUGCGCGCGACCCGAGCUGCGGGGCGGACCGCGACCUCCCGGAGCCGCGUCUGUGCCUCGACGGGCCUGCAGACGGAUCGGAACGGUUCCGAGGGCGGCGCCCGGGCCCGAGCCGAGCCCAGCCUCUGCGCCGGGCCCGCGGCCGCGGCCCUGGACCCUUCCGGAGGCCGCAGCCGGGCCGCGCGGGCUGCGCUUGCUCCUCAGGCAACUGCGGCGCCACCUCUUCCCCAAGCGCUGGCUCCGGGUUUCGUUUUAUAAUGGAGAUCACGGACCAGAAAAUCCUUUCUCCAAGAAAUGUCCUCUGCGGAUAACACUUGCUGAGAAACUGUGUCCGCCGAAACGGACGGCGAGGGCGCUGGGUGGGCGGGCUGCGGGCGGCGGGCGGCCUUCGCGGUCUGACGACCGACCCACGGACAGCGCGCCGCGCCCCGCCCGACCCUCAGCGUGCUCGGGUUGCUGGGCUGUCGCUCGCGGGCUCAUCCUGUGACCGAGUUUCCAUAAUGAGGUGGACAGGUUUCUCUCUUACGAGAGGCGUGAGAGAAAGGCAUUCUCCCUUCCUGCUUAAAAUUUUAAAAUCAAAGAGCGCAUUCUUUCUUCCUUUUGAAACAGGAAACCUGGAAAGACCCCUGCUAGCUUCAACUGUAAAUAACGCCUCUGAUGCUUGGUUAGCUUCGUAAUGAUUAUUUUCAUUCCCGCCCGCCCUUUUUUUUAAGGAUUGGGAGAAAGCUUUGCGUGGUUCAAACUGGUUGAAGCUGGGGCCCCUCACUUGGAUCUCCGGAAGUGUCCAAUGGGCGCACUUUUGACAGCAGAGGAAGACAGGGCAACAGUGGGAGGGCCAGCGUUCUCAGUGCAGUGAGGCCAUCGGCACUGUACACAGACCCAGGCAGGAAAGUGCUGUUUUGAACCAAUCAGAAACUUAUUUUCAAUCCUGCAUUUGAAUCUGGCAUACACAGAGCCAUUCAGAAGAUGCUCUUUUCAGUCUUUCAUUUGCAUGUGGGCACAACCAAUCAAAAAACACUGUUCCAGAUCCUUCACUCACAUGUAACAGAAAGCCAAGUGAGCUCUAUGGUGGGACAGUUUACACAGUGCGAUGCCAAGUGACUGUAGGACAGUUUCCCCAGCAUUUUACUCACAGGAGAGAGACAACCCAGGAAUUUUGGAUAUGAAAGAGCUUCCCUUAUCCUCAGGGCUGUGAGCCUUUCCACCUGGUUCUCAUUCUGCAGUGUCCUUUUCUGCCUUCAAUAAAUGUACACUUUUGUUGCCUUU